UGGGGCUGCCUUGGUGGGGAGCCAUUGUGGCAGGGACGGUAUUUAUACGCUGUCUGGUUUUCCCGCUCAUUGUAAAGAGCCAGCGAGACGCGGUCAAAUUGAACAACCAUGUGCCCCAGAUUACUGCGCUAACUACUAGAAUCAGCGAAGCCAAGAAGGCAGGCAACAGACUACUGUUUUCACAGGCCGUCAUGGAUCUGGAACACUACCAGAAAACCCAUAAUGUUAACCCCCUACGAGGAUUAAUUGUGCCUUUUGUCCAGGCGCCCAUUUUCAUCUCCUUCUUCUUCGCCCUGCGCAAAAUGGCAGAGUGUCCCGUUCCCAGCAUGCAGACGGGGGGCCUGUUGUGGUUCACGGAUCUCACCGUCGCGGAUCCUUACUACAUACUACCCGUGAUGGCAACUGUCACCAUGUGGAUUGUUAUGGAGGUUGGGAUGCAAUCAGGACCUCCAAACCCAAACCUGGAGCUAAUGAAAAAGAUGUUCCGGGUGAUGCCAGUGUUCUUCCUUCCUUUCAUCAUUUCCUUUCCAACGGCUAUCUUCACCUACUGGCUGACAUCCAACUUAUUCUCCAUUAUGCAAAUAUUACUGUUCCGUUUACCGGCCGCUCGUGCUUUUUUUCACAUCCCCAAGAGUCUGGAACAUAAUCCUCAGAGUUUACCAGCCCAGGAAGAUUUCCUGAAGAGCAUCAAGGAAGGGUCACUCCAGCAAACCUUUUCCCAGAGAACCACACAGCAUCCAAGCAAGCCAUCACCACAAAAGAGAGAAUUAGGGUGAAUGCCGCCAAGCUGUAUUCAAGGCAAAAAAUGUUCUCCCAUCUCCCUUAUCCCCUACUUUAAACUAUUAAUUUGGUUCUCCAUUUGCUCUGAGAGCAUAUGUGUAAAUGUGUCUGUAAAUUUAUUACAUAAAAUUAUGCUUUCAAUUAA